AGAGACCGUGCUGCUGCAACAAGAGACAAGACGCGGCUUGGAUCACAAAUAGGAUCAGUGCGCAUGCUCUCUCCCUGCCGUUUACUGUAUAUUCACUGUGGAAAAAGAGAACAGGCAACAAAACCAAGCUUUUUACAGCAAAGUGACUUCUGCAAUAUAAAUAACGUCCCAGGAAACAAAGAGGAAAAUCAACAGGGAUUUAGGUGUGAUGAGACAAAAGAAUAAAGGAUGCCUUAGAAGAGAGCCUGCUAUCAAGCCUGGAUGGUACUUUAAAGCACAUCAAUGGAUCUAUCUCUUCCCUGUGCCUCUAGAUCAUGAGACUUGAUUGAAGCAAUUAUCUUAUGAUCCCUCCAUCUAUGGCGAACUACAGCCAUGCAGCUGACCACAGCAUCUUGCAGAAUGUCUCUCCCCUGGCCACGUUCCUCAAACUGACGUCCCUGGGUUUCAUUAUCGGAGUUGGCGUGGUCGGCAAUCUCCUGAUCUCCAUCCUGCUCAUCAAAGACAAAAGCUUACACAGAGCCCCGUACUACUUCCUGCUGGACCUCUGUGCCUCAGACAUUCUGCGGUCUGCCAUUUGUUUCCCUUUCGUCUUCACCUCGGUCAAAAAUGGGUCGACGUGGACGUACGGCACGCUGACCUGCAAGGUGAUCGCUUUCCUGGGGGUCCUGUCCUGCUUUCACACCGCCUUUAUGCUGUUCUGCAUCAGCGUGACUCGGUACCUGGCCAUAGCCCACCACCGUUUCUACACCAAGAGGUUGACGUUCUGGACCUGCCUGGCCGUCAUCUGCAUGGUGUGGACGCUGUCGGUGGCCAUGGCCUUCCCUCCGGUCCUGGACGUAGGGACCUACUCCUUCAUCAGGGAAGAGGACCAGUGCACCUUCCAGCACCGCUCCUUCCGAGCCAACGACUCCCUGGGCUUCAUGCUGCUGCUGGCCCUCAUCCUCCUCGCCACUCAGCUUGUCUACCUCAAGCUAAUCUUCUUCGUCCACGACCGCAGGAAGAUGAAGCCGGUCCAGUUUGUGCCAGCUGUCAGCCAGAACUGGACCUUCCACGGUCCUGGUGCCAGUGGUCAGGCGGCUGCCAACUGGUUGGCCGGCUUCGGCAGAGGCCCGACGCCGCCCACCUUGCUGGGAAUACGGCAGAACACCAACACGGCGGGCCGGAGGCGGCUGCUGGUGCUGGACGAGUUCAAAACCGAGAAAAGGAUAAGCAGGAUGUUCUACAUCAUGACGUUUUUCUUCCUGACCUUGUGGGGCCCGUAUCUGGUGGCCUGCUACUGGAGGGUGUUUGCCAGGGGGCCGGUGGUGCCAGGGGGGUACCUAACUGCCGCCGUCUGGAUGAGUUUUGCCCAGGCUGGAGUCAAUCCAUUCAUCUGCAUUUUCUCCAACAGAGAGCUGAGGCGCUGUUUCAGCACAACACUCCUCUACUGCAGAAAAUCCAGGUUACCUAGGGAACCCUACUGUGUUAUAUGAAAGCUUGAUUCUGUGAUUGAUCUCUGGUUUAUCUCACUGUAUAGCUCUCUUCAACUGGCAGAAGCCGGACUGUCAAUCACUCUCAGAAUAUUAGAAAACCACAAUUGGAGAGUGUGGAGGGACACUGAAGAUGUGUAAAUGAAAAGGAAAUGGAAAGUUCCCUUGUGUUUAUGUUCUAGUAAACCAUUGCAAUGGAAGGCCCUUGGAAGCCACAAAAGCAAAAGGAUCAAAAUAAAAGACAGAGCCC